CUUAAACUCUGGGACCAGGGCUACAGGAAAUACCACUCCCCCCGGGACUCCCCAGGACUAUGAGGGGGGGGCAUGUGGACCCCUCGUAGCCCGACUGGGACUGGACCGAACACUCCACGCAGAAUUCAGAACUGUGGAAUAGCCUACGCUGGAUCAUGGGUUUCGUGGAAUUAUUGAUGGUCUGUGCCAUUCUACCGAUAUGUUGUUUGGCUGGACAAGGUGCCCCAGAACGCCACUCACUGUACUAUGUGUACACAGCCCUGUCAAAGGCUGUCAACGCACCAGGCAUCUUUGAAUUUACUGCCAUGGGCCUACUGGACAACAGAAAGAUUGAUUACUAUAACAGUAAAGACCAAGUCAAGAUUCCUCAACAGGACUGGAUGAAAGAAAAGCUUCCAGCAGACUACUGGGAAAAGGGCACCCAGUCACGUAAAAGCAAAGAGCAAUGGUUCAAAGUCAAUGUGAACAUUCUGAUGGAACGCAUGAGACAGAAUGGAUCUGAUGUUCAUGUCCUUAUGUGGAAACAUGGUUGUGAGGUUGACAAAAUGGCAGAUGGUUCUGUCAGGUUUGUUCGCGGUGUGGAUGCAUACAGCUAUGAUGGAAAGGAUUUCCUUUCCUUUGAUGAUAAUUCAAUGCAGUGGGUUGCCCCAGUUACUGAAGCUGUACCCACAAAACAGAAGUGGGAUGGGGUUCCCAUCCUGAAUCAGUACACAAAGGGCUACCUGGAGAAGGAGUGCGUGGACUGGCUGGAGAAGUUCAGAACAUAUGGGGAUGAAGAAUUAAAACAACAAGUGAACGUUUCUCCACCAAAGGUUCAUCUUUUUGGUAAAGCAGACAGAUCUUCAAAUACACUCAAGUUGACCUGCAUGGCCACAGGUUUCUACCAAAAAGAAAUUGAAAUCACCAUUCUGAAAGGAAAGGAGGUAAUAAAGAAAGGUGAUAUUGGGGAUGUUUUGCCCAAUGGCGAUGGAACCCAUCAGAUCAAAUUGAAUGUGGAGGCCCAAAGGUCAGACAUGGAUGAUUAUAGAUGUGAGGUGUACCACAUAGGCCUGGAAGAACCAAUUACGAAAGUUUGGACCUUGGAUGGAGAAAUGUGUGAUGGUACCUCUGCAUUCUUGAUUGGAGCGGUAUUGGGAGGGCUGGCAGUGCUGAUACUAAUCGUGUUGAUCUUGGUGUUCAUUGCUUUUAAAAAAAAGGCGUAAUUGAGUACAAUGGUGGUCUCAAAUACAAUUGUAUUUUUGCAGGGACACGGACAAUAAUCAGAAAUCCAGACCUAGACCCUUCACCAGCAGUGGUGAUACCAUCAGUGGCGGGUAACGUGAACACACCUUUGUUGGGUAAUGGACAAGCAAAUGCGUCCACUGGACAAGAUGCAAAUGGAACAGUGAUUGGG